AUAAUCAUCAAUUAUGAUUUAUGCACUUAAAAUAAGCUUAACAAUUAACAUCAUAAAAUAAUAAGUUUAAAUUAUAAUAAUUAGAGAUGUAUAUGAUUUAGAUGUACAUAACAUGAUUAUUCCAUAUAAAUGCUUUUAUAUUUUCAAAUAAAGGAAUUAGAAUACUGACUAACAGGUAAAAGCUAAUCAUCUAAAUUUGAUGUGAGUAAUCAUAUUUUUAAUUUAUGAUAAUGAUAUCAUUUCUUUACACAGCUCACAUUGGCCUGUUGGUUGGGAGCGUAACUACCAACUAAGAAGUCUUGAAUUUGAGUCUUGUGUAUGUGAAGUAUUUGUGAGUAUGCUUUAAUUGGCCUAAUUGUCCAAAAAAAUCAUCUUUUAAAUUAAAUGCAUUAAUCACUAUUAAAUUCAUUAAUCAAUUAUUACUGUGACUAAAUUUUAAUUUAAUUAUUUUAUAAAAAAGAUUGAUCAUAUUAAAGACAUUGCAAUUUUUUAUCAGUACUUAGUGGUUAUCCAUCGAAUGCAUUAAAAUCUUCAAAAUUGAGGAUUCCUGUUGCAUAAGAUGAAAAUUAUGAUUUCAAUAUGUAAAGAGUUUUGAAUGGUUUGGUUUAAAUUCAUGAUCUCUCGUAUGUAUUGAACUAUUUUAAAUGGUGAAAUACACGAGCAAAAUUAGAUUUUUGCUAGGGCUUCUAAAUAUAUUGUUUGACAAUCCUCAAACUUUUCAAAUGCUUAGUGGAUGAUUAAUUUAUCUUAAAAUUUGAUAAAACUUGAUUGUCAUGCAAAUCAUAUGUCAUCGAACACAAUCGAUAAUAUGAGCUUGAAUUUUAAAAUUAUAUAGAGAUAGAUAAAAAAAAUUGUAUGAGAACGCACAUUUUUUUAUUAUGGAACUUAUCGUAAAAGCUUAAGAAUUAAUUUGAUUUUUCAUUCAGAUUAAUUUAUCAAGUUGUAGCUCGAAUGGUAAAUAAGGUUAGAGAGACUUGCCUUAGAUGAUUUGGUCACAUAAAAUGUCAGCCUUCCGAUUAACUAGUUAGGAGAGUAGAUGUAUUAAAUUUAAUUUAUGUUAAGUAAGAUAGAGAUAUGCUGAAGGUCAUCUCCAACCGAACUCCAUACCCAUGUUUGGCAUCCGUGAACUGCUCCAAUCGAACAGAAAAAUGCGAUCCAUUCUCGCGUUCGUGAACACUGAGAAGCCAAUAUUGGCAUGGCACUGUUCAUGAACGCAUUUUUAGGUGGAAACAGAGAAAGCGGAGGAAAGCGGAGGCAAAUAAAGGCUAGCAUGUGGAGCUCGGUUGAGAAAGAAUAUAUACGAAAUAUUUUUUUUGUGAGUUAAGAAAUAGAGUUCGAUUGGAGAUGAAUUACUGCAUUUUGAAGUGUUACUGCAUUUUGGAGUGGAAAAUAAGUUUUUCAGUUGAAGAUGGUCUAAAAAGGCCUGGUUAGAAAGUAUUAAAAAUGACAUUUUCUUAUUAGAUUUAGAUGAGAAUUUUAUUCUUAAUGGAACACAAUGAAGAAAAAGGAUUCAUAUAGCCAACUCCACGUAGUGGGACAAAGGCUUGCCAUUGUUAAUUUAACAAGUCAAGCAUAGCUCAAACCAAAUAAGACACCCAUCACCCAAGUUAGGAUCAAAAUGCCUCACUAUGGCAGCAAUAACAGCCAUAUGAUUGACGUCUCCUCUUGUGAUCAUGCAUAAUGUGAUGGAAUUUUAUAGCAGCAAAGUAUUCUCUUUUUUUUUUAAAGUUUACACAGAGUAUUUGGCCAAAUCUGCCCCCUUUCUUAAAUGGUUGAACUUCCAAUCGGUUUAAGCAGUAAAAUGAAAAAGUUAAUAAGAGGAAAAAAAACCAGCACCAUGCAGUACACGUGCUUAAAUCCUUUUUCUAAGAAAGGUAGAUUUAUUUCGUAACUGCAAUUUUCAGUGACCUAUACUAUUUUCUGCAAAAAUUCUUGAAGAAUUAACAGCGUUGAGUGAAGAUAGGUGAAAGAAGACUUCCACAGCACACAAUUUAGUUAAGCAAGUUUCCCCUUCUAGAAAAAAACCAUAUAGAAAUAUUAUUAUGGAGUGCUAAUGCAGUAUAUGAAAGGAGCCGUGCAUGGAUGCCAAUAAAUAUGCAAUAUAUGAGGCUAAAUUUAACCCGCUUACCGUUUCACGGCACUGAAGAUUGCUGGGAGUUGGAAAUGAUAACAAUGAACAACAAGAGAGCAGCUGCCUUCAGUCUGCUGUUCUUCCUAGUUUUCCUUCAUCCUCUUCAUGGUUGUGCCCUUCAGGCGAACCGAACAUCUCCCGGGCCGCCGGCAGUCAUAGUUUUCGGUGACUCUGUCGUUGAUCCAGGAAACAAUAAUGCAAUCCUGACAAUAGUUAAGUGCAACUACCCACCUUAUGGGAAGGACUUUGUUGGUCACAAAGCAACAGGAAGGUUCAGCAAUGGCAAGAUUCCCUCCGACUUGAUAGCUUCUCAGUUAGGGAUAAAAGAAUACGUGCCAGCAUAUCUGGGGACAGAUCUAUCAUCCUAUGAUCUUAUAACAGGAGUAAGCUUUGCAUCUGGUGGCUGUGGAUUUGAUCCUCUCACAUCUCAGCUAGUGUCGGCAAUUUCCAUGGACGAACAGCUAAGCUUGUUCAUGGAGUAUAAGGAGAAGGUGAAAGCAAUUGUAGGAGACAAGAAGGCAGCAUACAUAACCAAAAAUUCAAUAUAUUUUAUAGUCACAGGAACAGAUGAUCUGGCAAACACUUAUUUUCCCACACCAUUUAGGAGGUUUGAGUUUGAUCUCCCCUCAUACAUAAACUUUACUGUUCAAUCAGCUUCAACUUUCAUUCAGAAACUGUACCAUUCAGGAGCACGAAAGAUUAGUGUUGUGGGUGUUCCUCCCAUAGGCUGUUUACCAUCACAAAGGACUCUAGCAGGAGGAAUUGAAAGAAUAUGUGAUCCAACCUACAACCAAGCUGCAAUGUUCCUCAAUUCACAGCUAUCAAAGGAGUCGGAGAGACUUAAUAGCACGUUAACUAAAUCAAGGAUCCGUUAUGUUGAUAUGUAUACACCUUUGCUUGAUAUCAUCUUACACCCUUCUAAAUAUGUUUUUUCUAAUUUGGUCAUUCAAAUCAUAGGAUUUGUGGAAUCCAAGAGAGGCUGCUGUGGAACAGGAACGUUUGAGGUCACACAAACUUGCAAUAGCUUGACCACCUUCACCUGUGAAGAUACAUCAAAAUAUGUAUUCUGGGAUAGCUACCAUCCCACUGAGAGAGCGUACAAGAUUUUGCUGAGGAAACUUACACAGAGAUAUGGUCCAUCAAUCAAUUAAGAAGGCAAACAAGCAAGUCAACUUUUGCUAUACUAGUAUUUUUAUAGUCUGAACAAUAUAAUUAACCUUAGUGAACCAUAAUCCUGAUGUGAAAAUAGAAUACA